AUGAAACACCCAACUCCCCAACGUACAACCAAAGAUUAUCCCCUUCUCAGUUUUUCGUCUCAAAUGGUACGGCAGAGUCUUUCUGAACGGACAUGUAUCACUCAUGCUAACACGAGUAUUCUAACAGACCUGGUACCAUCGCGAUCAGAAGUUGCCCAUAGCGAUCAUGCUUCCCCUGCGUCAGCUUCCAGUUCUCUUCCCUCGUCCGGACCACCUAGUACCUAUCAACUUACUACAAAUACGCCAUGUAUGCAAUAUCCCGACUCCGAAUUUCAAUUCCAAAGCCAGCAAUUCCAAUUCAAUCUUGACGAUAAUUUUCCUGCUACAAAUGGCCAACAAGCUGGCUUCUCCUAUGAAAACGAUGACUCUCAAAUCCUCAACGGACCCACGAACUCAAACUUCCAUUCGACCCCGUACCAGAUCCCUGGUCCCUACCAAUUUUCGACUUCCACGCCCGAUUCGUAUUACAUGCACCCACCGACUGCAUCCCCCGACCCGCAGUUCUACAACGUCGAAGCCGAAAACUGGAUUUCCUAUCCGAGUGGAGACUCGUGGCAAUACCCCGCAUUGCCUCCUCCAAAUCCACCAAGCGUUUCGUCUUGUCCAGUGCCACAUCGCGGGCAAGUGGGUUCACAAGCGAUGACUGUCGUCGCUCUCUCAAGGCGAAAAAACAAACCAGUGUUCUUCUGUCCGGUUAAGGGAUGUAUAUCCAAAGGGUUUACUGCGAGACAUAGUUUUGAAUGUGAGUUCAUCCAUCCCGAAUCCUUAGAUACGAGAAGUAAUUUACCAUAUUUUCGUUAG